AUGACCAAGGCGCUUUUCCGGCUGCGCACAGCCAGCCCCGCUCUGUUCAUUGCUCGCUCCACCGGCAACUACAGCGCUGCCGGCCUGCACACGUCGGCCAGGCAGCAGAACGGCGGACACAUCAGCCCACUUAAGGCAUUCGCCGACUCAGUCCGGCGGCAGGUGAAGGAGAACGAGGAGCUGCAGGAGAACAUGAAGCUGCUCGAGGAUCGCGGCACAAAGAUCUCGGACUCUGCAGCCAUGAAGAAGACAAAGGAAGCAGCGUCUGCCGGCUCAGAGGUGCUCAAGAAGACCGCGAACGUUGUGGGCAGCGCCGUUGGCGAGGGAUUCAAGGUGGUUGCUGAGAACCCAGUGACCAAGGCCACCGGCGAAGCGGUGAAGACCACGGCCAAGGCUGUGGGCUCAGCAGCAUCGGCCGCCACGGCCCCGAUCCGCAACACGGAGGCGUACAAGGCCGUGGAAAAGAAUGUGAAGAGCUACGUUGACGAGGCGUCGCUGCAGUACGGAGGGUACCGGGAUAAGGAGCAGCGGGCGCGGUCGCGCAUCAUGAGCCGCACAAGCAAGGCGCGGUCCUUUGCCGAGUACCAGCGCACACGCGCUAUUCGCGCCGACGAGAAUGCUGGCGAAGGCGUUGUGCUGCACAAGGACUCCAAGUGGAAGGAGAGCUGGGAUGCAUUCAAGCAGACCAACUCGGUCAUGCAGGGGAUCUUCCAGGCGCGCAAAAACUACAACGAGAGCGAGAACCCCGUUAUUGAGAGCACGCGUGCCGUGACCGACCGCGUGCGCAGCGCCUUUGGCUUUUUCUUCAAUGAGACCGAGUCCGCUGCUGCGUUGCGCCAGAUCCGCGACACCAUUGAUCCUGGCUUUAACCUGGAGGCCUUUAUUCGCGAGUGCCGCGAGUUUAUCAUCCCCGAGAUCCUCGACGCGUACCUGCACAGCGAUGCCGCAACGCUCAAGGUGUGGUGCUCUGAGGCGUCGUACAAUGUGCUGACGGCCAUCUUUACUGCGCAGAUCCAGCAGGGCGUUGUCAGCGACUGCAAGAUCUUGGACAUGCGCCAUGUUGAGUUCCACUCGGCGCGCGUGCUUGAGAACGACGUGCCUGUUAUUGUUGUCACCUUCCAGACGCAGGAGAACAACGUGUUCCGCAACAAGAAGACCGGUGAGAUCGUCAUGGGCUCGGAGGACGUCAUUGAGGCCUGCCACUACGUUUCGAUAUUCACCAAGGUGCCCGAGAAUGCUGACGACCCCGUCACCAACGGCUGGAAGAUGAUCGAUCUGGCCAAGCAGUCGUCGCGGGCAACCUGGUAA